AUGCCUCAAACGUUAGACCUGUCCUCGCGCCUCCUAUCCAUACAGAUCAACAGUGGCCAAAACCCCUUCUCGCCCGGCGACACCAUCGCCGGAAAUGUAGUCCGCACCAACCCAAUCUUGACAAUACAGUCCACCGUCAAGAUCACCAUCCACGGCCGCGCGAAGUCUCACGUGGUCGUUCAUCGAGCCAACAGCAGUAGCACCUACCGGGGGCGCUUCCGACUCAUCGACCACGUUCGUCGCGCGCAGACGCUCCAUAACGGACCGGUGCACAUCCCGCCAAGAGGUGGUCCCGAAGAGUGGCCGUUCCUAAUCCGCCUCCCAACGCACGUUGACGACGACGUCGCAUUCCAACAUCAGGACACAUUCAUUCCACAAAGCAACUCGGAAAGACGCACGCACGCCCUCCCACCGACCUACCACGCCACUACUCCUGAUGGCAAGGACAGCUUUGUCGAGUACUACCUCAAGGCGACUUUCAGUGGCUUCGCGCAGGGUCAGUGGCAACAUAACGAAGCUAUCCUUCCCAUCAGGUUGUGUGCGCGGAGCGAGGGACCCCCUCCUGCCGACUGGGGCACCACGCGAUACACCACCCGGCGGUCUGUAACAACCCAGAAACUGAUACCUGGCAUGGAGGACACGCUGCUCUCGACAUCGCAGAGGCUGCGAAAGUUUCUUCACACAUCCUCUGUACCCGAGCUUUGUUUCCGCGCAGAGAUCGACGCACCGGCAAGAGUACAGCUGGAGAACUUUGCCACGAUACCGUUGCAGAUACGGGUCGUGCCCGAAUGGGACCAAACAAGCCAGAUCUUGCGAAAUGUGCCGCAAAGCAUCAUGCUCCUUAGAGCAACGCUGAAAAUCAAGCAAUUCUGCGAAGUCAAGUGCGAGGGCACGCGCAAGACGUACGAGGAUGUUUUCUUUGACAAGAUCCCCAUGCUCCUGAACAGCAGCACCCGGUCAGCAAAACCAAUAGAGGUUCCGUUUGGUGAGGACCAAUCCAGCCUGGAUCUAGGCCAGCUUGCCAAUCUUCGCAUUGGUUUCAAUGGCCUCAUGGCACGCCCCAUGGCCAACAUCAGCAUCAGUCCCAGCUUUGUGACAUACAACCUCAAGCCAGAGCAAGCCCACCUCAUCACAACAAUCAAAGACUGGACCAUUGCGAAUGGACUGACCAUUCGCCCGCCACCAAGCCCCGAAGCAGACCCAAAUGCUGUCACCGCCGUCAGCGCGCCGGUCACACUGUUCCCUAGCCCUUUUCCUCGGGUAUGCUUUGAGCAGGGCCGGGUCGUGCAGCAAAGCUACAACGAGCUGUACGCCGCUGUGAGCCGCGAUGAGAAGUUCAUUGAGGACAUGGUGAAUGAAGUGAAGGACGGAGAUGACUUCAUUGGCCAGCUGUGGAACAUCCACCUCAAGGUGAGGGAGGAGGGCUACACGCAGCCACUGUCGCUAGGUCUCUUCAGGUCCGACUACAUGGUCCACCAAGAUUCCACGUCAGACCCCCCGACACUGCAAGCAAAGCAAGUCGAGUUCAACACCAUAGCCUCCUCCUUUGGAGGUCUGUCGCAGCAGACAUCGGGGUUGCACAAAUUUCUGGCCAGCACAGAGUACCCCCUCCUCGAGAAGAACAUCUCCAGCAUCCUGCUAGACCUCCCCGAGAACAAGACAACACAAGGGCUCACAGCAGGAAUCCAAGCCGCGUACACCGCGUACGGCGACUCGGAUCUAGGCCACCCUCGAUGCGUUGUCUUCCUGACCCAGGAUGGCGAGCGCAACGUGUUUGACCAACGACACUUGGAGUACCAGAUCCUCCAGGCGAAGCCCGCCAUCCCCGUCUUCAGGCUGCCCUUUUCGGAAGUUCUCCAGCACACCAGCAUAGCCGACACACCGAAGCGUCAGCUCCUCUACAAGCUCCCUCGGAACCCAGACAGGGUCUACGAGGUAGCAGUCAUCUACCUCCGUGCCGGCUACGGCCCCGGUGACUACCCCGACUCCAAGGGUUGGGAAGCAAGGCUGCACCUCGAGCGGUCCCAUGCGAUCCGAUGCCCGACAGUGUUGACGCAGCUGGCUGGCACAAAGAAGGUGCAGCAGGUCCUGGCAACGCCCGACUUGUCCGUUCUCGCAAAAUACAUCAACAACAAGACGCCCGCUGCGCAGGAACUAUGGAAGACGUUCACCAACAUCUACCCCAUGGACAACUCGCCCUCGGGCCUCCAAGCUAGGAAGAAGGCCUUGGACCCCAAGGAAGCGGAGAAGUAUGUCCUCAAGCCUCAGCGUGAAGGCGGCGGCAACAACAUCUACCGUACGUCUAUACCGUCCUUCCUCAAGACAGUGCCUGAGGAACACUGGGGGUCCUACAUACUCAUGGAGCUCAUCACGCCUCCGCCCGUCACGAACACCAUACUCCGCAAUGGGGCGCUCGAAGCAGGCGGUGUGAUCUGCGAGCUGGGCGUCUAUGGCACAUGUCUCUGGGACCAGAACAGCGGCGAGGUGAAGCACAAUAAGCAGGCAGGAUACCUGCUCAGGACAAAGGGCGACAAGAGCGAGGAGGGAGGUGUCGCAGCUGGCUACGGUUGCAUGGAUAGCGUAUCACUUGUCUAG